GGCGAGCUUAGCCUCGCGUCCCUCUCCUUCUCCCAAUGCUGGCCAUCUGAUCCUAGCCUUCUAUCCCCUUUUCUAUGCUGGCCAUCGGCUUCUUCUUGGCUGCAGCUAGUCUGCCGUUUUCCUACGCUGCCACUGCUACAUCCCAAUUACUAUUGGACGCGUCUGACCCUUCUCUUGUCUUUUCUGCUGGGUGGACAACGCAGUUCUCGAACGCAAGCGGAUCGGACUAUCUCCAGACGGACACAGUGUUGGGAUCACUCACGGCCUCUUUGCCCGCAAACACGUCCUCGGUCUCCUUUGUCGCCUAUCCUAGAGCAGGCGGUUCCUCCUACGGCUACACUGUCGACUGUCAAAAUGACUGCAUCCUGACCACCGUGAGCGCAACUGAUCCCUCGGCCGGAAACCCUAGCUUUGUACAGGCUUCUACGCUCUUCUCGCUGAACCUGGACCCGAGCUUCGAGCACAUUCUGCGCGUCUACAACAUUCCAAGCAACUUGCCGGGAGGUCAUAGCGAGAUUACAUUCGACCACCUGGCUGUUGACGUUCAGGACAAUGCACAAGGUGGUUUUCAGUCUUCUAACGCAUGCUUCUUCUGGACUGAUUACAUCUGCGUUCAGCACUGGAACGGAAGGGAAUCCAUCAAGCACCGCGUCGCUUUCCAGCAGUGUUCCCGUUGCACUUGCAACUACGACGGUGGGAAUCACACAGACAAGCAGUGCCCCAAGCUCGACAUCACCGAUCACAAGCAAUCCAACCUCAUCGCCGGCCGUGUCCGAUAG